AUGAUGCAAUAUCCGGAAUUUCUCUUUAUCGUAUUACUAUCACAACGGAUACGAGCAUUAGAACAGGAACCAACACUGGAAUGUUUUACGGACGGUUUACGAUUACGUUUCGAACUGGAAAAGCCAUUUUACGGACAUAUUUAUGUGAAAGAUUCCUUUAUGUAUGAAAAUUGUCAUUUAGACUAUACGUGGAAUCCAACUGUUGGUUCAUUUUACUUCAACGUUUUCUACAAAAGUGACUGUCAUGUGAAAUAUGAGCGAGAACCAUCAGGUAUCAGUUAUCAGGUAAUUAUCAUCGUUCAGUAUCACUAUUUAUUUCUUACACAAGCAUAUAGAGCUUAUAGUGUUAGCUGUUUCUAUGAAACUGUCAUCGAUCCAAACAUGCAAAUCAGUGGCUUAACGAUGACAGAAUUGGAAAACGAAAUUACGACUAACUGUGCAUACGAUGUGCUAAAUUCAAUAAACGGUGAGUCGAUAAAAUAUGCAAAUGUUGGCGAUCGGCUAAUUCAUAAAUGGAGUUGUGAAUCAGAUGAGUACGGCAUGCUUGUUCAUUCAUGUUUCGUUUAUGAAUCUGAUAGUGACACUUUCCAGCUUGUCGAUAAUCAAGGUUGUAUCACAGAUCAUACAUUAAUGGAUCCAUUGCACUAUAGUGAUAGUCUCACAGUAGCAUAUUCAGUGAUACCAGCAUUCAAAUUUGUCGAUAAACUUACUAUUCGUUUUCAAUGCAAAGUGGCACUUUGUAUUAAAGCGCAAAAUGGCUGUGAAGGCAUUUCGCCACCCAAAUGCGAAUAUCUUUCGACCUUAACAUCAAUUUCUAAACAUUCAAUUUCCAAAUCUCCUUCUCCUGUACUUUCAAAUAUUUUGCAAUCUUCAUUGCCUCGAAAUAUCGAAUCGUUAUGCGAGGAGAACACUGAGUUCAAUAGUUGCAGAGAUGUUUUUAAUGCCAAUAAACGGAACUUCUCUACGAAUUACAGACGAAAACGUUUCCUGAAUGAAUCCCGGCUAGCAAUGAAUUCUCUUUUACGGAAGUCUUUUACUGAGACAAAUUCUACUAAUUUCACUCGUUUCACAUUAGAUAUUCAUACUGAUCAGGUCACGAAAUUUUCAUAUCAAAAUGAAUUCAUUUCAUUAACUUAA